AUGCCUGUUCUGGGAGGACGUUUGAUCACGGGCGUCCCUCUUCUCUUCAACGUCUUCAGCUUUGUGGCAGCCAGCCACGGUGGCCUCCAGCUGGACAGUUUGCAGUUUGCAGAUGAGAAACAAGUCACAGCAGCGGCGCGCUGUGGAGGAUCGUAUGCUCCAUUGGUUUGUGUCUUUUCCUUCUCUCUUUCAGAAAAGUUUAUCAGGAGUUUGCAAAGUUACGAAAUAGUGCACCCCAUCAAAGUGGACGAACGUGGAGCUGUUCUGUCCCCGAACGUCACUUAUUAUGUCAACCAUGUUAAAAGGAGAGACCUUAACAACAGAGAGGAGCAUGUUUAUUACCAACUCGUCCACCGAGGGCAAAAGCUGCUUUUCAACUUGACACUCAAUCACCCCUUCCUUUCGCCAGGCUAUGUCCUAGAGAAAAGAUACGGAAACGUAACUGGUACCGUCGUUCAGAGUCCUACAGGGAACGCGUGUCACUUCAUGGGCAGAGUGGAGCACCCACAUCUGGGGAGUGGCAGUGCUGCUAUCAGUACCUGCAGAGGACUGCAUGGUUUGUUUCGACUACGCACUGGAGACUAUCUUAUUGAACCUGUCAAUGGCCACUCAAGGCAAAGAGGGGAACAACAACCACACAUUAUUUAUAAGAGAGACGCUAUCCAGCAUUUUCAGAGGAAUGGUCGAACCAAAGUCCUAUACAACUGUAACAUGCCCUGCCAACUCUUUGAGCAGAGCAUAGAUGUUCUGCGAAGCGAGAAACAAAGAGAGAAAUGGGAAGAGAGUCAUAGAAAAGGACGCAGAAUCUCCCAGAGAUCGAUCAGCAAGGAGCGAUGGGUUGAAACUUUAGUAGUUGCUGAUACCAAAAUGAUAGAGUAUCAUGGCAGUGAAAAUGUGCAGUCGUACAUCUUUACCAUUAUAAAUAUGGUUGCGAGUUUGUUCCAUGACCCAAGUAUUGGCAAUGCUAUCCACAUCGUUUUGGUUCGGCUCAUUUUACUGGAGGAAGGAGAGAAAGAAUUAAAAAUCAUUCAUCAUGCUGACCAUACUCUUUCCAGUUUCUGCAAGUGGCAAAGAAAUGUGAAUCCUAAAAGCGACUCCACUCCACAUCACCAUGACAUCGCCAUAUUGUUGACUAGGAUGGAUCUCUGUGCUGGAAUGAAUCGCCCCUGUGAGACAUUAGGUCUGUCACAUGUGUCAGGAAUGUGUCAACCACUUCGAAGUUGCAACAUUAAUGAGGAUUCUGGCUUGCCAGUAGCAUUUACCAUUGCACAUGAGAUUGGUCACAGUUUUGGCAUCCAGCAUGAUGGACAGGGUAAUGACUGUGAACCCAUUGAGAAGCAUCACUUUAUCAUGUCUCGGCAGUUACAGUAUGAUCAGUCUCCUCUCAUAUGGUCUCACUGCAGCAAAGAUUACAUCACACGUUUUCUGGAUCGAGGCUGGGGUUUCUGUCUCAAUGAUCCACCAACUCAACAGGAAUUAGUGGUUCCCACCAUUGCUCCAGGUGUGCUAUAUGACGUCCAUCAUCAAUGUCAGUUCCAGUAUGGACCCAACUCAACAUUCUGUGAGGAAAUGGAUAACAUUUGCCAGACUCUUUGGUGCUCUGUGAAUGGUUCAUGCCGCUCUAAGCUGGAUGCUGCAGCUGACGGGACCAGUUGUGGAGAGAAGAAGACUGUAGGCUGUGAUUAUGAAAUAGAAUCCAAUGCAGUUGAAGAUCGAUGUGGGGUAUGUCAUGGGAAUGGCUCUUCCUGUCAGACUGUAAAGAAGACAUUUGAAGAGAGUGAAGGAUUAGGCUAUGUGGACGUGGGCCUGAUUCCUGAAGGAGCACGAGAUAUCCGGGUGGAAGAAAUAGCUGAAGCAGGGAAUUUCUUGGCUUUGCGAAGUGAAGAUCCAGAGAAAUAUUUCCUCAAUGGUGGUUUUAUUAUCCAGUGGAAUGGAGACUACAAAGCAGCAGGAACAACAUUUAAGUAUGAAAGAAAUGGGAAUCUGGAAAAUCUAACAGCUCCAGGACCCACAAAAGAACCUGUCUGGAUUCAGGUUUCUUUUUUUCAGCAACACUCCCCUAAAACUGUCAUUGAACAAAUCCUAGCCUUCCUGGAAACAAUGCAACCAGAUGUUCAACUUCUCAAACUGGCAGCCACCAAUAUGUGUUCCAUGGUGUGUCAGAAAACCUUUAUCUCCUGCUGGAAGUCAGAAAGUGAACAGCUCAUUGAAGAAUGCAGGAAGAAUGAAGACCCCAAUGCGAUGACAACUCUUCACAAAUCACUUGGUGAAAAAUGCCUGGUGGUUAUGGACAUCAUCAUGUAUUGCCUAGAAGGAUCCUUGGUCAAGAAAAAGGGACUUCAGGAAUGUUUCCCUUCAAUUUGUCGGUUCUACAUGGUAAGCUACUGUGAGAGGAGUAACAGAAUAGCAGUCGGGGCUCGACAUGGCUCAAUGGCUUUAUACGACAUUCGCACAGGAAAAUGCCAGCUGAUAAAGACAAAUGUCCCGUAUGCCUUCUUAACUAUCCUGUUAACCUAUCCUGCCAGCUUCACAGAUCUGUGGACAAGAUCUCUGUAUGCCUUGGAACUUCCUAGUGCCCUGCCAUUCAAUGGGUGGUGGGCUGGUGAAUGGCAGAAAUGCUCAACAACAUGCGGUGACUCAGGUAUUAAGAAGCGUACAGUUCUCUGUGUUCGAACAGUGGGGACCGAUGAGCAGGCACUUCCUAGUUCAGAGUGCAAUCAGCGUCUCAAGCCAAGGACUCAAAUGACUUGCAAAAGAGAUAUUCCAUGUCCGUCAAACUGGACUGUGAGCAAUUGGAGUGAAUGCUCAGUUACAUGUGGAGGUGGAUUCCGCACACGGAAUGUGACAUGCACUUGGGAUAAUAAAGAACUGUGCAUUAUUUCCAAAAAGCCAAGUGUGAAAAGUUUGUGUGGCUUACGGAACUGCCCCAACAACAAGAAACUUCUGUUCCCUCCAAGAAAGCCGAAAGAUGGUAAAAUUUUUCCCAAAGAUCUCCCUGGUAAGCUGAGGCCUAAAUAUGGUCCUAAUCACUCAGGUUCAAAAGUUCAACCUAAACCCAAACGAGUGCCUGUGACCACUGAGCAACCGCUUCCUGUCAACAUCACAGUGCCAACAGCUGCUAGCAGGAGCCCUGCGACAACUAUGGCUACUACUACAAACAAACAAUUGCACAGGCAAGAGAAGCCUUCCCCAAAACAGCAGAACCACAAUACAUCACAUUAUGGACAUUAUGAUGACAACUUUAUUGCUAUUCACCAAAAUCUGACCAAUGAGGGGGAAACUAUCAAGAGGAAGAUUGUCCUUGAAGCUGGAAACAUUACACCUACAAUACAAAUUAUUAAUGAGACUCACGAUAUUGCUGGUGAAAAUGACAGUAACUCAAACCAUGACCUCAUUACCACAGAAGAGGUUGAUAAACAUUUUCCAUUUACAGAAGCACCUCAGGCUGGUAUCGUAACAGAUGAAUACAAUGAUGAAGUCGAAAAGCCGAAUACAGUCCCAAUCAAUGCUGAGGAAUCAAUGUUGUCUGCUAGUCCACAGACAACAUUUGUGACUACAGUACAGCCUGGUAGUACACAAAUAAUCAAGCCGAGUGUAAGUGUUCCUUCCCCAGGCUUUCCAAGGUUAAAAAUAGAUCCAAAAUUCAAAGCAACAAUGGAACGGCUAAGAAUGAAACUUUUCAGAAUGCUGAAUCCACAGCAGUUUUCUAACACUACUGACAUUCUAGCACGUGGUCUAAAUCUUAGUGAUGAAAACAGUACAAACCUGCAGCAUAAUCUUGAGCUUACAACUUCAAAUGGAAUUGGUACAACAGAUUCAAAAUGGAUAAAAUUUAAAGGAGCCAUUGGCAGCAAAUUGCCAGCUUCUGAAACACAAUCUCCCACAAAAUUACCUUCGAAGAAAAUUACAACUACAAAUAGACCAAAUAAUUUCUCCAAUGUGACUGAAGACUCUGAUGAUUUUGUACCUGAAGUUAGCUUGGAUGAUGUUUACUGGAAGGUUGGAAAUUGGAGUGAGUGUUCUACAACAUGUGGAAUUGGUGCAAUGUGGAGACAAAUAGAAUGUAGUGCUGACGAAGACUCACAUUGUGAAAAGAUUAAAAAGCCAGCUCCUGCUCGGAGAUGUUUUGUACGCCCUUGUGCUGUUUGGAAAAUAGGAAACUGGAGCAAGUGCUCAGAAAACUGUGGAGGUGGUGUUAAAAUCCGUGACAUACACUGUAUAGACAGCCAUGACAAAAGGCCACUGAGGCCUUUCCACUGCCAGCUGCUCGGAACCAAACCAAUCACAAGCCUUCGCUGCAAUCCAAAGGCCUGUGCCGACUGGCAAGUUUCUGCUUGGAGUGAGUGUUCAAGGACAUGCGGUGGUGGGAUUCAAGAAAGACUGGUUCACUGUAUGGGAGAAAGGCAGUGCAAUUUGAAGGCUCAGCCUCAUACUGCCAUGCCCUGCAAUACUCAGCCAUGUAUUCAAUGGAUAGCUGGAACCUGGAGUGAGUGUUCUGUAUCCUGCGGAGGAGGCUUACAACAGCGGGUGGUGAAAUGCAUGAACUUGAAAACUAAUAAGACAGAGGAAGACAGAAGCAUUUGUGAAAUUAAGCCAUCCCCAAAUAAGAUACGGAGGUGCAACAUUCAGAAGUGUAUGAGCAAAAAUGAUAACAUCUGCAUUAGGGACAGAAUGUCAAAAAAAUUUUGCCUCACCUUGAAGAAAUUGGGUCGAUGUUCAAUGGCAACAAUUAGGAUCCAAUGUUGUUACACUUGCCUGACAAUGAGAAGAGCAGUAGAGCAAAGGUUGAGCAAAGGAAUCACUUCAGAUUCAUGA